AUGAAGGAUGAUCUGCCACGAAAAUCUUUGCAAGCACCUGGCAAACCCGGACCAGUUGGGCCACCAGGACCAAAGGGCGAUGUUGGAUUGCCUGGAGCUCGAGGCGUCCCAGGUGAUCGUGGACUGCCAGGAGAACGUGGUGACCGCGGAGCACCUGGUCCGCAAGGCGAAAAAGGCGAACAGGGCAUUCCUGGUUUGGACGCUCCAUGUCCUACUGGACCUGAUGGCCUCCCAAUGCCGUAUUGUGCCUGGAAACCACUUGACGUUAGUUUUAUUUUAAAUUUGUUUUAUUGCUGCAAUGCAGCACGGAUAGGCCAGAUUCGGAGCACGGUAAGAAAAAAGGAAUUUUUGAUUGGAUUUGAGGCACAAAGCAUGAAUGAUUAA